AUGGCUGGUGCUAUGGUGCCUCUGGAGGCUGCUCUGAGCGGUGCAAUUGGUGCACGCGUUCGCAUUAGCACAGCUCCAACCGUAUCGACCAUCGAAGGCACCCUGUUCACAGCCUGCCCCAUUACCAACCUAGUUGCCAUCAACACUGCCGACAAGCAAUCGCAAGCAGCAGACUACCACAUCAUCCCAGUGUCGCGUAUACAAUCCUUCCAGCUCCUCUCCCUGGCCCCCUCAUCCAACUCCACCGAAGGCCCGUCAUUCUCCGAUGCCGCCCCCCCUCUGCACGCGCUGGAUAUCCGCGCCCUGAAGACUCGCGAGUUCAAUGCCGUGAGCAAGCUGCUCGAGACGGAGGCGCGCCGCGGGAAGGGCGUCACGCGCGAGGCCCAGGACAUCUUCGACGCUUUCACCCGCACCAUGCCGACCCGGUGGGACGGUCCCAACAUCAUCGUGGCGGAUGCCGUCACCAUCGCGCCCCCGUACCGUGUUGAUGACUGCCGGCCGCUGGUUGCGGGCGACACGGCUGCUCUGGCGCACGUCCGCAAGGUGCUUGAAAUGGAACGCAAGAAGAUCGAGUUGCGUAGCGCCAGUGCGGCGAUCGGCACGACCAGCACCUUUUCCCGCGGCGGUUCCGCGAAGGACGCUGCGGGCGGUGCUUCGAGCAACCCCAAUCCGACCCCAGGGCCUGGCGCUGCUGGACAACGGAAGGGUGGUUGA